AUGCGAAUCAUUGAUCUUAGCUUUACCAUGUGGUCUACACGUUUUAUCCUCUCGACGUUGCUGGCUGUAACUCGCCUCUCAUGGGCAGACGCAGCCAAAAACCACGGCUGUCCCACCGUCACAACCACAGCCAAGGUCUGCUCAACCUGCGUCGUGCCAGACUGCAUCGUCAUGUCAACCAUCUCCAACCCAUCCAGCUGCCCGACCAAAGUCGCAACCAUCACCACAUCCUAUCCCUGCGCCAAGGAGAAGUGCCCCGACGGCUGCGCGACGACGUACAUGUACGCCUCGACCUAUGGCGAACCGCCCGUUACCACGGCGCCGUGUCCCACCGUCACGUCGGUUCUGGGUCACUGCUCCACGUGCGUGAUGCCCCAGUGCAUGGCCAUCUCGACCAUCUCGUCUGCGUGCGGGUGUCCGAAGGAGGUUCCGACUAAGACGACGAGCUAUGCAUGCGGGGGCGGGUGCGUCGGCGGGUGCGCGGGGACCGAGUACGUGUAUGAAACCGCCACGCCGGUAUGCGAAGCCGGACCGUAUUGA